CAGUGUCCAGUCGAAUAUUUCUGGUUUCUCUUUGAUGCAUGUAUAUUUUAUUUUUUAUAUCUGUUAUGUAUUCGGUACAUGUAUUCUUUGUUUUUUAUACAGAUUAUUUUCCUCCCCUCACGUUCGCACUAGCAUACCGGUAUAACUGUGAUCUCGAUCUCUGUCUUAAUCGCAUUCAGCUCUUCUGGAAGAGAGCAAAAUUUGCCGAUGUCGAUGUGGCGCAAGGUUUUCUUCUUUCCUUCUCUGGCGUAUAAUUUGGCUGCGGAGAAGGUUACCUCACGACGAUGGUACGAUCGGUUGGACGAACACGUAAUUUUGGGUGCUUUACCAUUUCGAUCAGUAUUAGCUGAAUUAAAAAAGAAGGAGAAUCUCAAGGGGGUGAUUUCUUUCAACGAGGAUUAUGAACUGAACCAGCUGUGGUAUCCCACGCUGCAGGAAUACGCAGACGUCGGUGUGGAGUUUCUGCAACUACCUGUGUUAGAUUACGUUGGAGUCCCCAAUCGCCAACAAGUCCAGAAAGCACUCGAGUUUAUCGACAAGAUUGCCGCGGAAAACGGGACUGUUUACGUCCACUGCAAAGCAGGUCGAUUCCGUAGUGCUUAUUUUGCUGCUGCCUAUGUGAUAAAAUCACAAGGGUUGGACGCUAUUUCCGCUGUUGAAUUUGUCCAUGGAAAGCGCUCACAGGUUUGGCUGGGUCCAAAGGAAAAGCAGAGUUUGCAGCUGUUUCACAAUGAGUUAUACCCGGACAGGCCUGAAAAAGUCGAGGAAAAACCGGUGGCACCGGAUGUGCCGGAAAAUCCCAUUUUCUAAUGCGCGCGACAGUGUUGCUAAUUGCAUGUAGUCGCUGAUGAUAUAUGUUUACAAGUUAAGAGCUUUGAGUGAAUUCGUUGUUUGUUGAGAAUAAGUCUCAGUCUAGUUUUGUUGAAUUGUUAAUGCAGUUGAUCUUCCGCAAUUACCCCGGCACUGCGGAUUGUAUCUCGGUGAAGUGCCAGCCGGUUUUCUUUUUUUUUAAUUCCAGGAUUUAUGUGUAUAUUUUUUAGGACAUAUGGAUCAUGAGCUGAACUAUUUUGAUUGUUUAGCAAUGCUAUAGCACUCGUGGAUGAAAGUUAAAAACUGAUGAUACUUA